AUGAGUUCUGACGACGUAAUAAAUCCAGAUGAUGACAAGAAAAACAACAAUAACAACAAUAAGAAUAAAAAGAAUAAUAAUAAUGAAGACGAAGAAAAAGACAAAAAUAACGAUAAUAAAGGCCGUGUCACCUAUGGUACUAUUACCGUAACCAGAGGCGAGGCUUGUGACGUCAGCGAAAGUAUCGGUGCUAGUAGUAGUAGUGGUUAUGGUAUCAGUAGCAGUGAUAGUAGUAGUAGCAACAUCAGCGUUGAACCGAUUAGUAGCAGUGGCACCCCCUCCAAUUUGGGACAGUCCGAGCACCGACUUCCACCAACUCCGAAAAAAACUUUAAAAAGAAAAAAAAUACAGGCAGCCAGUUCAAGGGCAAAUCCAGUUACAGCGAGAAGAAAAUUAAACUUCGACUCAGCAACCGGUCAAUCUUCAACACCCACCCUACCUCCUCCUGUCGCCAGUGCUUCGGCACCAACAGAAACUUCAACAGCAGCAGGGUUGAGUUCAAUUACUACCUCUGGACCUUCUUUUUCUUCGUCGUCAACCCCAAUUGGGGAGUUGUUUGAGUCCGACCAGAAGUACAAUUCCAAGAAGUACAAUUUUGAUUUCAAGGAAGGCAAACCACUUGCCGGCGAGAAUUAUAAAUGGUCAUCAAACAGAGGUGACGGCGAUCGUGAUGACGGCGACGACGAUGAUGAUGGAGGAACUGAACAUGAGCAGAAGAAAAAGGACGAUGAAUGA